AUGAUAUAUCAGUAUUCAACCAAAGAGAGACUGAAUCAUUUGAUGAAGCCUGGAACAGAUUUAAAAACAUGCUCCAGAAAUGCCCUCAGCAUGGGUUCAAUAAAAAGAUCCAGAUUCGAUUCUUCUACACAUGAUUACUUCCAUACCAUAAGAGCAUGGAAACUAGGAUUGGGAGAAGCUGAAGCAACCACUGUGACACUUCAACUGGCUGACAGGUCACCAACACAUCCCAGAGGAAUAAUUGAAGAUGUGCUUAUCAAGGUUGAGAAAUUCAUAUUCCCAGCGGACUUUCUUAUCCUGGACAUGGAAGAGGACAAGGACGUUCCAUUGAUACUUGGCAGACCAUUUCUGGCAACAAGGAGAGCAUUAAUUGAUGUUCAAAGAGGCCAGUCGAUUUUAAGAUUGGGAGAGGAGCAGCUAUCAUUCAAUGUAUUCAAGGCAAUGAAAUUACCAACAGAAUCUGACAGCUGUUAUCAAGUUGACAUUAUUGAUAAGGCAGUACAAGAAACGUUCUUACUACACGGUCCAUCUGAUGCCUAUGAGACCAACCCGCCAUACACACGAAAGAGGCACUUCGAGGAACUGGGGAUGGGAAACACAAAGCCACUGCCUUCAGUUCAGCAGCCGCCAGUUUUAGAACUCAAACAACUACCGCCACAUCUCAGAUAUGCUUAUUUAGGAGAAUUAGAUACACUUCCAGUAAUCAUUUCGAACACAGUCAGUGAGAUGGAGGAGGAAAAACUGCUCAGGGUACUUAGAGAGAACAAGACGGCGAUUGGUUGGACAAUAGCUGACAUUAAAGGAAUCAGUCCUUCCCUGUGUAUGCAUAAAAUUUUAAUGGAGGAAAAUUGCAAGCCUAGCAUAGAAAGUCAGAGAAGAUUGAACCCAAACAUGAAGGAAGUGGUCAGGGCAGAGAUAUUGAAGUUAUUGGAUGCAGGAAUUAUCAACCCAAUUUCAGAUAGUGCAUGGAUCAGCCCUGUUCAAGUGCUACACGAAAGGAACACUUCCCACUCCCAUUCAUUGAUCAGAUUUAAAGGAGGUCGCAGUUUUUUGCGGCACGCUGGGUUCUACCGGAGGUUUAUAAAAGAUUUCUCGAAGAUCACUAAACCUUUGUGCAAUUUGCUAAUGAAAGAUGCAACCUUUGAGUUCAAUGAGGGUUGUCUCACAACCUUCAACACUUUAAAGGAAAAGCUUACGACAGCACCAGUAAUUGUAGCACCAGACUGGGAAUUGCCUUUUGAAUUGAUGUGUGAUGCAAGUGAUCACGCUGUAGAUGCAUUAUUGGGACAACGGAGGAACAAGAUUUUUUAUGUGAUAUACUAUGCAAGCAGAACUCUAAAUGAUGCACAAAUAAAUUAUGCAACCACUGAAAAGGAGCUAUUGGCUGUGGUAUUUACAUUUGACAAAUUUAGGUCAUACCUCGUUGGGUCUAAAAUCAUCGUCUAUACUGACCAUGCUGCAUUGAAAUAUCUGCUCACAAAGAAGGAUGGAGAGCCGAGAUUAAUUCGUUGGGUGCUGUUGUUGCAAGAAUUUGACAUUGAGAUACGCGACAAGAAGGGCACCGAGAACGUAGUAACAGAUCACCUAUCCAAACUAGAACCUGGGGAGACGGAAGAUUUAGUGGAUAUAAAUGAGAUCUUCCCGGAUGAACAGAUGUUGAGAGUGGAUGAAGCACCUUGGUACGCAGAUAUUGUCAAUUACUUCGCCAGCUCCAUUCCACAGCCCGACUACUCCAGUCACCAAAGAAAAAAAAAUUCGCCGAGUUAA